AAUGGAUCACUAACAAAAUCAGUGUCAACAUAUAGAUCUUAUUCCUUUUAAUAAUAAGUUCUUUUGUAGAUAAUGUGGAAUUCAUAUGCCAGAAGAUGGAAGCAUUGGAAUUAAAGCUUAAAAUUUUAGUUUUCCAGGUUAUCUAAAUCCAAUAUAAAAUUUGAAGAAACAAUGGAAUCGUGCAGUUCCAAUAGGAGCAUUACCAGGAGAAUAUUAAAAAGUAUAUAUGUUAUAAAUUUAAUAGCAACGAUUAUCAUUAAUUGAUUAUAUGAUAGAAUGGAGUGAAAAAUUAAAAUUGUCUAUGAAUUCUUUAUUUCUUGCUGUUUAAUUUUUAGAUUAUUUUGUAUCAUAAAAGAAAGUAGAUCCUGUAUAAUAUAGAUUAUAUGGUUCUACUUGUCUUAUGUUGGCAGGUAUCUUUUUUUUAAAUAUUUUAGCUAAAUCAAUUGAACUGGAUGAAAGAAUUCCCUUCAUUAGUAAACUAAGAAGAUAUACCUAUUUACCCUAUGCAACAUUAGAUUUUAGAAGAUGUGAAUGUCAAAUAAUUAAAUAGUUGAAUUGGAAUCUACAAUGCACUACUUUAAUUGAUUGGGCUGAGGCAGUAAUCUCUUUAGGAAUAGUCUAUGAAUAAGAUGAAUUAUCUUAAUCAGAAAACAUUUUGAAAGAAAAAAGUACUAACAUUCUUUAGCAAUAAAAUAAUCAAUAAAUAAAAUAAGAUAUAUUUAAAGAACAUUUGGAUAAUGUAUUCAAAUAACCAAUUGGUGUUCCUAAAUAGAUUAAUGAUAAAGUUUAAGAAUAGUUAAUUAAACUAUGUGUUUCUGUUCUUAAGGAUGGAACAUUUUUGGAUAAGGAUCCAGCUGAAUUGACAGUUUCAGUAAUUGGAUGUGCUAGAAAAGCAAGUGGAUUAAAAAAUUCAAUGUAAAUUAUCAAAUAUAAAAUAGACCAAAAUGUUUGUUUGAAUUAUUAGAAAAUGUAGAACCUAAAUUUUAAGAAAGUUUAACUGAUCAUUUUAUAAAAUAAGUAAAAUAACCAACAAGUGUUUUGGGACGAGCUUUUACAACGGACUUAGAUUUUUUUAGUCUUUAAAAUUACAAACAUAGAAUUGUAUGAU